UAGUGUCUUGUAGGUGUGAGGGAGAGUGUAGUGUCUUAUAGGUGUGAGGGAGAGUGUUGAGUUUUGUUGGAGAAAAAAAGACUGAAUUGUGUGUAUGCAGAGUGAGGAGACAACAUAGGCGAGAUGCUGACCAGAAGGGACAAGGUGGAUUUCUUCGUGGCCUGGGGCGGCUUCAUCAUCGUCAUGGUCUUCCUUAUCACUAUGACCAUCGUCAGUACCUAGGCACCCCUGACCCUAUCCCUGAAACUACCCUUGACCCCGAGAAUUACACAGACUUCACAGAUGCGUCAGAAGAGACCAGCCAAGGGAUGGUCCUGUUAACUCCCACAGACACUCCUUCAGUGAUCAACUACCGCCUGCCGGAGUCCCUUAAGCCCCUUCACUACCUGGUCAAGCUUCAGCCCUUCGUCAAUGGUAACUACACCAUCUUGGGCUACAUGGAGGUGGAGAUGCGGGUGGUGAACUCAACCUCUAGUAUCGUCCUCCACAUGGCUGACAUCAUCACCCAUAAUGAUACCAUCACCGUGGUACAAGAUGGGGUACAGGUGGUGGUGAAGGAACACGUGUACGACACUGAGAGGGAGUGGUACGUGGCCCAGCUGGACCAGGAGCUGCAAGUGGACCAGACGGUAAACAUCAGCCUGUGGUUCACCGGCCUCCUUAAUGACCAACUGAGAGGCUUCUACAGGUCAUCCUACGUCGACCCUGAUGGUAACACUGUGAAGUUAGCGGCGUCGUUCUUUGCUCCUACUGACGCCAGACGAGCGUUCCCCUGCAUGGACGAACCAGCGCUCAAGGCUAAGUUCUCUGUGUCGCUGGCCAGAGAGGAGAACAUGAAGUCACUCAGCAAUAUGCCCAGAUACUCCUCAGAACCUGUUUUAGGUCAACCAGGAUGGGUGUGGGACCACUUCACCACCAGUGUACCCAUGUCCACCUACCUCGUCGCUUUCGUUGUCUCAGAUUUCGUUUACAACUCCACAUAUGUUGACGGAGUUGAGCUGUCAGUAUGGACACGGCCUUCGUUGGUGGGUCAGGCUGGGGUGGCACUGGAGAGUGGGAGGAAGGCUCUCACCUUUCUGGAGGAAUACUUCACCCUAAGGUACCCGCUGGCCAAGCAGGACCUUGUGGCUCUCCCUGACUCAGCCGCGUCAGCAAUGGAGAACUGGGGACUAAUUACAUUCAGCGAGCCGUCCAUGCUGUACAACCCUGGGGUCUCGUCAGCGAGCAACAGACAGCGUGUGGUGGUGUUGGUGUCUCAUGAGUUGGCCCAUCAGUGGUUUGGGAACUUAGUCACUCCCAGCUGGUGGAACGACAUCUGGCUCAAUGAAGGGUUCGCUACCUUCCUACAGUCUGUUGUUACUGAUUAUCUGGAACCAGAGUGGAAGAUGGUGGAACAGAUGGUGGUAGAUGGUGUACAGAUGGUAAUGGUGCUAGAUAGUUUGUGUUCCUCUCAUCCCAUCAGCAUAAACGUUGAUACACUUGACCAGAUCCACCAAAUAUAUGAUACCAUCGCCUAUGUUAAAGGCUCAUCUAUAAUCAGGAUGAUGAGCCACUUCCUAACGGAGACUACCUUCAGGAGGGGCCUCGCUAGCUACCUCAACUACUAUGCCUACAACUCAGCCACCCAGGACGACCUGUGGCAGUUCUUGACGGCGGCGGCACACCAGGACGGCACUCUCACCUCUGACCUCACUGUCAAGGUCAUCAUGGACACCUGGACACUCCAGAUGGGCUACCCGCUGAUUACUGUCACUCGUAGUGAUGAUGGCACCUCAGCCACUGUCACUCAGGAGAGGUUCCUGCUGAUACCGAGGGAGAAUACGACGGCGAGGCAGCAGGAGGCGCCCUACAGGUGGUGGGUGCCGCUCUCCUACACCUCGGCCAACAACUCAGACUUCAGCAACACAAUUCCCUCUGAGUGGAUGAAGGACUCGGAAGAACACAAGGCGUUGACCUCGCUGCCCGCCAGUGACCAGUGGGUCAUAUUCAACCUACAGGAGACAGGUUACUACCGCGUCAACUAUGACUCCAACAACUGGGCCUUGAUCACUGAUCAGCUCAAAACUGAUCAUGAAGCCAUUCACGUGAUCAACCGAGCCCAGAUCAUUGAUGAUGCCCUUAACCUGGCCCGUGCAGGUCGACUGUCCUACGAGACAGCGCUGAGACUCAAUGUUUACCUGAGGAAGGAACAAGAGUACACCCCGUGGCAGGCGGCCCUCACCAGCCUCACUUACCUGCAGGACAUGUUAUCACGGACCCCGAGCUACCUGGCCCUGAAGAAGUACCUGUUGGACCUCCUGAUGCCGCUGUACAAGUCUGUGGGGUUCGAGGAUGCCGAGGAUGACCCACACUUUCAGCAGUACAAGAGGGUGCUCGCUCUCUCCUGGGCCUGCCGUCUUGGCCUCCCUGACUGUGUGAAGAAUGCUGAUAGUCACUUCAAAGCCUGGUUAAACGGCAGCUCCAUCUCGCCAAAUCUCAAGUCGACGGUAUACUGCACGGGGAUCGCUCAGGGCGGGGAGGUGGAGUGGGAGGCCGCCUGGAGCCGUUACCUCACCUCCAACACCCCUGCAGAGAAGACCCAACUCCUAGCGGCCCUCGGCUGUACCAAACACACCGGGAUCCUCUCACGGUACCUGGAUAUGGCAUUCACUGAAGGUAGCGGUAUCAGAAAGGCAGACUCAAUCUUGGUACUGAACGCUGUGGCGGAGAAUGAUGUAGGUCACUCACUAGCUUGGCAUUACCUAACACGACGGUGGCAAUAUAUCACCUCCUACUACGACACCUUCACCAGCCUGACUUCCCUCCUCGUUGUUGCCACCUCCAAGUUCAAUACACCACGAGAAUUACAACAGCUAGAAGCGUUCAGGAAGGAGAACUCGAACACUCUCAGACCUGCCAGUUACGCCCUACAACAAGCUCUCGAGUCCACCAAUCACAACAUUGCCUGGAUCAACAACAACUAUGACGUCAUCGUUCGGUGGCUUCACGACAAUGGUUACAAAGAAGUUUAUUGACGUCAUGUAUGAAUAAUGUGAUGUAAUGUGUUAUGGCGUCAUCAUUGUGGAUUCGUAAAGAAAACUAUUUUUUUCUAUUUAUUAACAUCGGCGACUGUACCAACUACGUGAUUUGUUAACCUGAAAUAUAUGUGUUUUGUAUUUCUGUACUGUCUAGACUCUACAUACAUUAUACUUGCUGAAGCAGUUAAAUAAAACUUUAUAUA